UGCCAAGAUGGCGGUGUGUGGUGUACUUUUGCGAUGUGGGCGUCUUUCCCGGCCGCUUUCUGGCCGAACUGCGGCUUUAGGAGCUCUUCUGAGCGCUUCGGGAAGAAGAGAGGCGUCCGCGCUAUCUUAUGUACCGGAGACAGCUCCCAGCGACUUCGGUGAGACGACGAAGAUGAACCUGUUCCAGUCUAUCAACUCAGCCAUGGACGUCGCGCUGGCCUCCGACCCCACCGCAGUCAUUUUUGGGGAGGACGUAGCCUUCGGUGGAGUCUUCAGAUGUACCGUGGGACUGGCAGACAAGUAUGGUAAAGACCGAGUGUUCAACACGCCGCUGUGUGAACAGGGCAUCGCAGGUUUCGGUAUCGGCAUGGCCGUUAUGGGAGCUACCGCCAUCGCUGAGAUCCAGUUUGCAGACUACAUCUUCCCUGCAUUCGACCAGAUCGUGAACGAGGCAGCGAAGUACCGCUACCGGUCGGGGAAUCUGUUUGACUGCGGCCGUCUGACCAUGAGGGCCCCCUGCGGAGCGGUCGGUCACGGAGCGCUGUAUCACUCACAGAGCCCGGAGGCUUUUUUCGCUCAUGUUCCAGGCAUUAAGGUUGUGAUCCCGCGAGGUCCGAUCCAAGCCAAGGGCCUGCUGCUGGCCUGUAUCAAGGACGACAAUCCCUGCAUCUUCCUCGAACCUAAGAUCCUCUACAGAGCGGCAGUUGAGCACGUGCCUGUCGGUGACUACACCCUGCCGCUGACCUCUGCAGAGGUCGUUGUGGAGGGGAAGGACGUUACCAUGGUAGCGUGGGGGACGCAGGUCCAGGUGCUGAGGGAGGUGUGUAACAUGGCGCAGGAGAAACUGGGCGUGUCCUGUGAACUCAUCGACCUCAGGACCAUCAUGCCCUGGGACUCAGAGACCGUCAUCAAGUCUGUGAAUAAAACAGGCAGGCUUUUAGUUGCGCAUGAGGCACCUCUAACCGGGGGCUUCGCUGCCGAGAUUGCCUCAACUGUACAGAGUGAGUGUUUUCUGCACCUGGAAGCCCCAGUAGAGCGGGUGUGCGGGUACGACACACCUUUCCCCCACAUCUUCGAACCCUUCUACAUGCCAGACAAGUGGCGAUGUUUCGAGGCCAUCAAGAAAAUCAUCAACUACUGACAACUUAAAGUGUCAUCCAUGUCUUGAAGAAUCUUAAGAAGCUGCCUUGACAAUAUGAAUAAGGGGACAGCUUCCAGUUACCAUGAUGACGAUUUGAAGGCUGGGACAGCCUCCAGUGCACAACAGAUGCAGUAGGAUCACCAUCUUUAUUGUGAAGGGCCACUCCAAUUUAAUGUCUUGGUUCUCAGGCAUUUGAAGUAAAGGUUUAGCAUCAAGAUGAAAAUCUGGGGGCUGAGGGUAAAAUUUGAAUUCAAGUAUAUCUUCUGCUUAAAACUGAGUGUAUCAGUUAGGUACAGGCUCAGUUUUCAUGUAAAAUUUUCAGGUCAGCAUGGUUUUUGUGAAUCUGAGAACCAGAAAAUUGAAUUGGUAUGGCCUUCUCAUGUAAAAGUCAGUUUUUGUUCAGUUCUUACUUCUCGUUUUUUUGUUCAAAGUUCAUUUUGGGUAAUAUUACUUCUUACCUUUGUACAUUUGCCAGUCUUGCAGUACAGGUAUAUAUUAUCUGCAUAUUAAGAUUAAAAACAUGAAUACUAGUCUUUUAAGAUGUUCACACUGUCCAACAAAAGGCUCCUUCAAUAAGACAAAAAGAGCCAAAGAGGAAGACUACAUUUUGUUGCUGUCUCUAAUAUAAAUUAUAAGCUGCUGACAAAGUUUUUUUUGUCUUUUAGUGUCUUUGUUAACCCAUGGCCAAGGUUGGUUUAUUAUUAAGUCAUGGUAUGCACAAAUGCUCAUAGAUUUUUGGUAUAAGGUUUGACGGGGCUCAGUAAUAUUAUACGGUGAAAAGAAGGUGUAGAAUAAUAUUAACCAGGCCAAAUAGUGUCUUAAAAUUAAUAUGCAGAGUUUGAUGCAGCAGUGUGAAACAUAUAACUAUGUACAUGUAAUACUAAUAAUAUGAAAUAUUCUUGAAAGUGGUUGAAACAUACAUUUGUACAUGUAAACUUGCUACCGGUAAGUUCGUAGAGUCUAAACCACACAGUAUUUGAAGUUGUAAAAUCAUGUAAAAACUCAAGAGAGAUACGCGACUCGAUAAAAACAUACCAACUGGUAUGGGAAGGAAAAUUUUAAGGAAACAGUGUUAGUUACCAC